AUGUCGAAUAUUCUCAAAAUCUUCCAAAAGAAUAAAGAACAGCAGCCGAUAGAGCAAGAAGAGUGUCUUGGCUGUCUUCUAACUGCUGCCACCGUUAUGACUUUCGGUGGUGCUUAUUUGGCCAGUGGCAUGGUAUUCUACAACAAGGGUCAGCCUCUUCCUGAUGUGACGCCGACCUACAAGUUUGGCGUGCGAGCUGCCGGAGGAGCAGUUACAUUGUUUGGAUUCUAUCGAGCGUAUCAAGCGUAUGAUUUCUAUAGCAAACACGGCUGGGGAGGAUUUCAAUAG